CUCCAAGUCGCAACAUCAGCCAUGCUCGAUAUCAAUUUGUUCCAGGUUGAGAAGGGCGGUGACCCGGAGAUGAUCAAGGAGUCUCAGAGGAAGCGUGGUGCCUCUGUGGAGCUCGUUGAUGAGAUCAUUGCUCUGUACAAGGAGUGGACUGCCGUCCGUUUCGACCUUGACCAACUCAACAAGGAGAUCAACGUCAAUCAGAAGGCCAUCGGUGCUAAGAUGAAGGCCAAGGAAGAUGCCUCCGAGCUCCUCACUAAGAAGAACGAGAUGGCUGACAAGAAGAAGGAGCUUGAGAAGGCUGAGCAGGACAAGAACACCGUCCUCAUGUCCAAGGCUGCCACCAUCGGUAACAUCGUCCACUCCUCCGUCCCCGUCUCAAUGGACGAGGAGAACAACGAGGUUCUCCGCACUUGGUGCCCCGAGGGUGUUACUGCUGAGAAGAGGGACUGUUUGUCACAUCACGAGGUUUUGACCAGGUUGGACGGAUACGACCCUGAGCGGGGUGUCAAGAUCACUGGUCACCGUGGUUACUUCUUGAGACAAUACGGUGUCUUCCUCAACCAGGCUCUUAUCAACUACGGAUUGAACUUCUUGGCGGACAGGGGAUACAUCGCUCUCCAGACCCCUCAGAUGAUGAACAAGGACGUCAUGGCUAAGACCGCACAGUUGUCUGACUUCGACGAGGAGUUGUACAAGGUUCUUGAUGGUGAUGACGAGAAGUACUUGAUUGCUACCUCCGAGCAGCCUAUCUCUGCUUUCCACGCCAACGAGUGGUUCGAGUCUCCUGCUGAGCAGUUGCCGAUCAAGUACGCUGGUUACUCCUCCUGCUACCGUCGUGAGGCUGGUUCUCACGGAAAAGACGCAUGGGGUAUCUUCCGUGUCCACACCUUCGAAAAGGUUGAGCAGUUCCUUCUUACCGAGCCUGAAAAGUCAUGGGAGGCUUUCGAGGAUAUGAUUGCCAACUCUGAGGAGUUCAUGAAAUCCCUUGGUUUGCCUUACCGUUUGAUUUCCAUCGUCUCUGGUGCGCUCAACAACGCCGCCGCCAAGAAGUACGAUUUGGAGGCAUGGUUCCCCUUCCAGGGUGAAUACAAGGAGUUGGUCUCCACUUCCAACUGCACGGACUACCAGAGCAGGUCCUUGGAGAUCAGGUGUGGUGUUAAGAAGAUGGGUGACAGGGAGAAGAAGUACGUGCACUGCUUGAACGGAACUUUGUGUGCUACUGAGAGAACUUUAUGUUGUAUUUUGGAGAACUACCAGACUGAGGAUGGAUUCCGUGUUCCUGAGGUGUUGCAGCCGUACAUGGGUGGAAAGACUUUCCUUCCUUUCACCAAGGAGUUGCCGAAGAACAGCACAUCCCAGAAGAAGAAGGCCGAGAAGAAGUAA